AUGUCUUCAGGCGACAAUAACGCAGGUCGUGACGAAGCUGCAUUCCGACUUAACCUUAGUGCUUCCCAGGCUGAAUUCAUGAUGGAGAAGGGUAAUUCGUCUGGAAAAAAACGCGGAGUGUCUUACGAACCCAGCUCCAUGAGAAUUCCGAAUCCGCGUGAAGAGGAGCAGUUGACACAGUCGACAGCCGCAGCAAAUGAGAGACGUCCACAUGUUACUGAGACUAUUGCUGACCAUUACAGAGAGAGCAGGGGUUAA